UAUAUGUUGCUAUUCCUUUGAAUCGCUGAGAUACAACAGUGCGCUAAAAGCUAAUCUCUGAUGGAAACUGCAGAAGCUGGGCAUGCUGAUGUUAUUGGUUGGUUCGAGCAUGUCUCGGAGAACGCCUGCAAAGCUCAAAGAGAGACACUGCGACGGAUUCUUGAGCUCAACUGUGGAGUGGACUAUCUGAGGAAAUGGCUUGGGAGUGUUGAUGUAAAAGAGAUGGACGAUAACAGCUUGGAAACUCUCUUUACUUCCUUGGUGCCUAUUGUCUCACAUGCUGAUAUGGAUUCGUAUAUUCAAAGAAUUGCAAAUGGAGAGACUUCUCCUUUACUCACACAAGAACCCAUCACUGUUCUCUCCCUCAGCUCUGGAACAACAGAAGGGCGACAAAAGUAUGUUCCGUUUACUUGUCAGAUCACGCAAGCUCUUCUUCAGAUGUCCAGAUUAUCAGCGGCUUACACAUCAAGGUGUUAUCCAAUAAGGGAAGGAGGGAUGAUUCUUGAGUUUAUAUAUGCCGCCAAGGUAUUUAAGACACCAGGAGGACUAGACGUAGGAACGGCCACAACACUUUACUACGCGAGCAAAGAGUUCAAAACAAAGCAAGAGGCAACAAAGUCUUUCACCUGUAGCCCACAAGAGGUCAUCUCGGGAGGAGAUUUCGUGCAGUGCACGUAUUGUCAUCUCCUACUUGGUCUCCAUUUCUCUAGCCAAGUAGACUUUGUCGCCUCUGGUUUUGCCUACACCAUUGUCCAAGCUUUCUCCUUUUUAGAAGAAAACUGGAGAGAGAUAUGUGCUGACAUCAAGGAAGGCAAUCUUAGCUCAAGAAUCACUCUGCCCAAUAUGAGAACAGCUGUAUUGGCUCUCAUCGGACCAAACCCAUCUCUAGCUUCUCGUAUCGAAGAGAUAUGCAUGGAGCUGGAAUCAAACCUAGGAUGGUUCGGUUUGAUUCCGAAGCUAUGGCCAACUGCAAAAUAUGUCUCCUCGAUCAUGACGGGUUCUAUGUUGUCUUACCUUAAAAAGCUGAGGCAUUACGCUGGUGGUUUGCCUCUGGUGAGCGGUAACUAUGUUUCAUCCGAGAGUUUGAUUGGUGUGAACGUUGAUCCUAAGCUUCCCCCUGAAGACGUGAGCUUUGCUGUGGUUCCCACCUUUAGUUACUUCGAGUUUAUACCACUUCACAGGCAACAGAAUCAACAAGACAUGACUAGUGACGGUGACUUUGUCGAAGAAAAACCUGUGCCACUCUCUCAGGUCAAACUCGGCCAGGAGUACGAGGUUGUUCUUACCACUUUCACAGGUCUUUACAGGUACAGGCUAGGAGAUGUGGUUGAGGUGAGCGGCUUUCACAACGGCACACCUAAGAUAAGUUUCAUAUACAGAAGGAAACUCAUCUUAAACAUCAACAUUGACAAGAACACAGAGAAGGAUCUUCAGGAAGUGGUGGACAAGGCGUCUCAGCUUCUGAGUCAAACAACACAAGCCGAAGUCGUUGACUUUACGAGCCAUGCAGACGUUAAAGUUAGUCCCGGCCGUUACAUAAUCUAUUGGGAAAUCAAAGGAGAAGCAGAGGAUAGAGCUCUCGAAGAAUGUUGCAGAGAGAUUGAUGCUGGGUUUAUGGACCAUGGUUACGUUGUGUCCAGGCGUAUGAAGUCGAUCGGGCCGCUCGAGCUGAGGGUCGUGGAACGAGGCACGUUUAGGAAAGUGGCCGAAAAGUUCGUUGGGAAACGUGGUAGCUUGAACCAGUUUAAGACUCCUAGGUGUACGACCAAUUCGGUGAUGCUUGACAUUCUUGAUGCUUCUACCGUCAAGAUAUUUCGCAGCUCGGCUUAUGAUUAAACACAAUUAAAAUUUUAAAUUUAGUUCCGUGCUUUGUCUCUGUGAUUCAGUUAUGAUUAACAAUAAAACAAUAAUGUUAAUC